AGUUGUUAGGCUUUUAGCAUAGUUUGUUGCAGUAAAUAAGGUGUAUGAUAAAGCAAUCUGGUUACGAACAGCAUCAGUUACAGUUGAAAACAAUCAUGUGGAAAUCUACUGCUGGCCGUGAUAUCGACACAAAUGUUGCUGCUCCCGGUGGUGGAGAUGACGACUGGGAAACGGAUCCGGAUUUUGUGAAUGAUGUUACCGAACAAGAACAACGAUGGGGUUCAAAAACAAUCGAAGGUAGUGGUCGGAAUGCAGCUGCUAUAGAUAUGCAACAGUUGCGCGAAGAAACAGAGCGAGCUGAUGCAGAAAAAAAACGAAAGGAUGGACCAAAAGCAUCCCAUGGGUAUGGUGGAAAGUUUGGAGUUGAAAAGGAUCGAAUGGACAAAUCCGCAGUCGGACAUGAGCACGUCGAGAAGGUUGAGAAGCAUGCCUCGCAAAAGGACUAUGCGUCUGGGUUUGGAGGUAAGUUUGGAGUACAAAAGGACCGUGUGGAUAAAUCAGCGCAUGGAUGGGAUCACGUGGAGAAGGUUGAUAAGCACGAAUCGCAAAAAGACUACAAGACGGGAUUCGGUGGAAAGUUCGGAGUUCAACAGGAUCGCCAAGAUAAAUCCGCCGUAGGAUGGGAUCAUAUUGAGGCUUCGCAAAAACACGAAAGUCAGCUUGAUCAUAAAGUGGGCUUCGGAGGGAAAUUUGGCGUUCAGACUGAUCGAAAGGAUAAAUCAGCCUUUGGUUGGGAUCAUGUUGAGAAACCAAAGAUGCAUGAAAGUCAGCUCGAUCAUAAAAUUGGUUUCGGUGGAAAGUUUGGUGUGCAGAAAGAUCGGAUGGAUAAGUCAGCGGUCGGUUUUCAAGAACAAGAUAAAAUUGGUACUAACUAUACUAAAGUAAAACCAGACAUUGGUUCCGCCAAACCGUCGAACCUACGAGCAAAGUUUGAAAAUUUUGCCGUGACAGCUGAAGAAGAUGCACGAAAGCGUGCCGAAGAGCAAAAACGUUUACGCGAAGAAAAGGAUCGCCGCGAUCGGGAAGAAGCUGCGAAACGGGUUAAUUAUGCGGCGGAAUCAACGGAACCGAAAAAGCCUGAACGUAAAGGUCCUAUAAACACGGGUAGGGAGGUCGGAGUCAGUAGUGCUAUUAGCAAUUUUAACAAACCCCAAGAAAAUAAUCGUAUUGACAAAGUGAGAGAUCCAAUCGUUUUGCCAAAGGAGGAAGAGCCACGGAAGUUAGCACCCCCUGACGUCAUUCCUACCACGGAAUCUACGGAGUCCACGGAGACAAUACAAUAUCAAGAAACGAGCGAGUUGAGUUCCAAAGAACCUCAACAUCAGCCCGUUCACGAACCAUCGCCAAUAGCCAGGACAUCGUACAAUGCGGUAUCUAUUACAGAAAAUGAAACGUCUUCGAAAGAAGCAGACCAUGAACAAGAAGCAACUGUGGAAACUGUGGUUCAAGAAGAGGUGGAGGAAUUUGUUCUCUCCCCAGACAAUCCCGGUAUUCAAGCGAUAGCACUGUACGAUUAUCAAGCUGCAGCCGAUGAUGAAAUAUCUUUCGAUCCAGACGAUAAGAUAACGCAUAUCGAAAUGAUCGACGAAGGCUGGUGGCGGGGAUGGUGCAAUAAUAAGUAUGGACUAUUUCCCGCUAAUUACGUACAGCUGGUGCAAUGAACUGUGUUAAAAGUCGUAGAUAAAAUAAUGCUCAAAAGUGCAUGUUUGUUUCCACAGAACUACGUGGCAUUAUGCCGAUUUUAAUUUGUUUUUUUUCGCUCUUAUCAAAUGUGCAACAGUAUUGUCGUUCAAAAUGAUUACAUUCCUUUUAAUUUGUUCAUUCAUCUGACUGUUCGUUUCGUGUGGAAACCAUUAUUCAACCUAAAAAAAUGCAAUAUUGUAGACUUGGUUAUUAGUAACUGAAAUCGAAUAAACUAAAUCAACGAAUAAUUUGCCGUUGUUAGCAUUAC